AUGGCACAGCUGUUUCAGAAGGACCCUCGCACAGGAGGUCUCUUCAUCGGAGGACAGCGACUCGUCGGCGCAGAAAUCAGGAAUCAGAAUGUCCUCGCCGCACAGCAGAUUGCCAAUGUAGUCAAGUCCUCACUCGGACCAGUAGGACUUGAUAAGAUGCUCGUCGAUGACAUUGGAGACGUCACCAUUUCAAAUGACGGAGCUACCAUCCUUUCCCUGCUCGAGGUGGACCAGCCCGCUGGGAGAAUAUUGGUGGAGUUGGCUCAGCAGCAAGACAAGGAGGUGGGCGAUGGAACCACUAGCGUCGUCAUCAUUGCCGCUGAGCUUCUCCGAAGGGCAAAUGAUUUAGUCAAGAACAAGAUCCAUCCCACAACGAUCAUCACUGGUUACCGACUGGCGUGCAGGGAGGCUUGCAAGUACAUGCAGGACCAACUUGCCAUCAAGGUGGACCAGCUUGGCAAGGAGUGCUUGAUCAACAUCGCUAAGACUUCCAUGUCAAGCAAGGUCAUCGGCAGUGAUGACGACUUCUUCUCCCAAUUGGCAGUCGAUGCGAUGCUGGCAGUCAAGACGGUCAACCCUCGAGGCGAGACAAAGUACCCGGUCAAGGCAGUCAACAUUCUCAAGGCACACGGCAAAUCCGCUCGCGAGUCCAUGUUCAUUAAUGGGUACGCCCUCAACUGCACAGUAGCAUCGCAGGCCAUGAAGACACGGAUCAAGGGCGCCAAGAUUGCUCUGCUCGACAUCAAUCUACACAAGCAGCGGAUGCACAUGGGCGUCCACAUUACCAUUGAUGACCCAGAGCAGUUGGAGAAGAUCCGCAAGAGGGAGAGCGACAUUGUCAUUGAGAGGGUGCGCAAGAUCAUCGCUGCUGGUGCAAAUGUCAUCCUAACAACAAAGGGGAUCGACGACUUGUGUCUCAAGGAGCUGGUCGAGGCGGGUGCAAUGGGUGUGAGGAGAUGUCGAAAGGAGGAUCUGAGGAGGAUCGCAAAGGCCACAGGAGGACAGCUGGUCAGCUCGCUUGCCAACCUCGAAGGUGAUGAGACAUUUGAAGCUUCCAGUCUCGGACACGCAGACGAGGUGUCGCAAGAGAGGAUCAGCGAUGACGAGCUCAUCCUUGUGCGAGGUACAAAGACGGUCAGCAGCUCCUCGAUUGUGCUGCGAGGUGCUAAUGACUACCUGCUGGAUGAGAUGGAGCGAGCGCUCCACGAUACCCUCUCGGUGAUCAAGCGUACCCUCGAAUCGGGUUCGGUAGUGCCAGGAGGAGGAGCCGUGGAAGCUGCUUUGAGCAUCUACCUCGAAAACUUCGCCACCACCUUGGGCUCCAGAGAGCAGCUGGCCAUUGCCGAAUUUGCUCAGGCCCUUCUGGUCAUCCCAAAGACCUUGGCAGUGAAUGCCGCAAAGGACUCAACGGAGCUCGUAGCCAAGCUACGCGCCUACCACAAUGCUGCUCAAUCCGCCUCUGCCGGCGAUCCAAAGAAGGCGCUGAGACUCUAUGGACUAGACUUGCUCAAUGGACAGGUCAGGGAUAAUGUCAGGGCGGGCGUGUUGGAACCGACGGUGAGCAAGGUGAGGAGUCUGAAGAGUGCACUCGAGGCGGCUACUUCGCUGUUGAGGAUCGAUGCUAGUAUCACACUGCCACCGCCGCAAGAGCAGGAGGAUCCGCAUGCUCACAUGUGAGGAGAGAAAAAGGUGGGCGGAAGGAGUCUGUUCAACUCGUAGCUAGCUGUAUUCCUUAAGCUUCUUCUAUGCGAGAGGGAAGAGCAUGAUUGAGGCAGCGACUUCUUGAAUAGAAAAUUACAUUGUAACCUCAAUUCACUUCUGCUUCAG